CCGAGCUGCCCCGCCAUGACGGGCAACGAGGCGGAAGACCGUGCGCCGCGUGACGGGAAGGGGCAGCCCGCGGCUGCGCGCGGCCCCGUGUGCGACGUGGAGCGGCGCUCGGUGCGCAGGCGCGCGGCCGCCGUCGUCCCCUGCGCGCCAGCCGAGGCCGCAGGCCGGGCGCUGCGGGCCCCCUGCCCCCCUCGACGGCCGCCCGGCGGCGGGGAGCGGCGCCUGAGGGCGGCCCGCUCCGCCGCCCCGCUCUGCCCGGCGGCGAUGAGCUGGUUCAACGCCUCGCAGCUGUCCAGCUUCGCCAAGCAGGCGCUGUCGCAGGCGCAGAAGUCCAUCGACAGGGUGCUGGACAUCCAGGCCGAGGAGGGGCCCUGGGCCGACGCCGUCAUCCCCGACUACGGCGACGGAACGAAUUCUCUUAUAAGCGGAGGAUGGGAUACAUCUUCCUGGGGUUUAAAUUCAAAUACAGAACCACAGACUCAGCCGAUAUCUCCAACAGCAAUCACCAAACCAGUAAGGAGAACAGUAGUAGAUGAAUCCGAAAACUUCUUCAGUGCCUUUCUCUCUCCAACUGAUGUUCAAAAUAUACAGAAAAAUCCAGUGGUGUCCAAACCUCCAGCCAAAUCCCAGCGACCCAAAGAGGAGGUGAAAAGCACUUUAAAGGAAUCUCUGCACACCAGUCAGCUGGAAGUACCAGUGACAGCAGAGGCAGAAGUGAAAGAUUCCUCUGCAGCUGACCUAGUGGACUUGAAAAACCUUGAUAUUCCCAAGGAGAAAUUAGAAGAGAAUUCUGUGCUUAAAUCUAAUGCCAAGCAUGAAGCAAGCACAAAUGAAGUUAUUGAUAAAAAGGUGUCUGCUCUAAAUUUGAAAGUACCUGAAGAGGCUGUUAAUGAAAAAUCCAAUGUUGGAAGGGAUGGAGCAGGAGGUGCGCUAGAUAGCACUUCACAAUCUCUUAAUACAGGUACAAAAGACAUGGGUUUGGAAACUAAGGAGCAAAAAACUGAGGACAGGCAAAGCAAUACACCUUCACCUCCAAUUAGCACUUUUUCCUCAGGGACAUCCACAACUAGCGAUAUUGAAGUUUUGGACCAUGAAAGUGUAAUAAGUGAGAGCUCAGCAAGUUCAAGACAAGAAGCUGCGGACUCGAAAUCCAGUCUCCACCUAAUGCAGACGUCAUUUCAGCUUUUAUCUACAUCUGCCUGUGCAGACUAUAAUCGUUUAGAUGACUUUCAAAAACUGACUGAAAGCUGCGGCUCCUCUGAUGCUUUUGAAAGAAUUGAUUCAUUUAGCGUACAAUCUUUAGAUAGCAGAAGUGUAAGUGAAAUAAAUUCAGAUGAUGAGUUGUCAGGCAGGGCUUGUGCUUCAGCAUCUGUCACUGCCAUUCCUUCUGCACCAAAGACAGAAAUGGUUGAUCCUGUAGAAAGUAAAUGUGAAGAAUUGAAUGACACUCCUGUUUUACAUGCUGAGGAAGCUGAGAUGGAAGAGAGUGGGAGAAGUGCAACCCCUGUUAAUUCCGAGCAGCCAGAUGUUUUGGUUGCUGCUGUGCAAGCUGAUGAAGAACAGGUUGUGAAAGAGGAGACUGUGCUGCAGCAGGAUGCUGUUGAAAAUCUGCUCGAAGAAGACUCUGAAAAGCAAGAGCUUAAAAAGGUGGUUGAUUCAUUGACUGAGAAACUGGAGAAGAGGGAAAUACAGUUAUUAAGUACUAGUAAAGAAAAGGCACGCCUGGAAGAAGCUUAUGAUAACCUAAAAGAUGAAAUGUUUAGAAUGAAAGAAGAGAGCAGUAGCAUUUCGUCUCUUAAAGAGGAGUUUGCUCAGCGAAUAGCGGAUGCUGAAAAGAAGCUCCAGCUUGCAUGCAAAGAAAGAGAUGCAGCUAAAAAGGAAGUAAAGAAUGUUAAAGAAGAAUUGGCUACUAGACUUAAUUGUAAUGAAACUGCUGAAUUACUGAAAGAAAAAGAUGAGCAAAUCAAAGGAUUAAUGGAAGAAGGAGAAAAGCUUUCCAAACAGCAGUUGCACAAUUCCAACAUUAUUAAGAAACUAAGAGCAAAGGAGAAAGAGAGAGAAAAUACUAACACAAAACAGAACAAAAAGAUUAAGGAAUUGGAAGAGGAAUUGCAGCAUUUAAAACAGGUACUUGAUGGCAAGGAAGAUCUUGAGAAGCAGCAUCGGGACAGCAUUAAACAACUGAACAGUGUUGUAGAGCGACAAGAAAAAGAUCUUAGUAAACUUCAGGCAGAGGUGGAAGAUCUUGAAGAACGGAACAGAAGUGUCCAGGCAGCGCUUGACAGUGCAUACAAGGAACUUGCUGAUCUUCAUAAAGCUAAUGCUACAAAGGACAGUGAGGCGCAAGAAGCAGCGCUAAGUCGGGAAAUGAAGGCAAAGGAGGAACUUGGUUUAGCUUUGGAGAAGGCCCAGGAUGAGGCACGGCAGCAACAAGAAGCUUUGGCAAUUCAGGUAGCAGAUCUGAGGCUAGCGCUGCAACGUGCAGAACAGCAGGCAGCAAGAAAAGAAGACUAUUUACGUCAGGAAAUCAGUGAAUUACAACAGAGACUUCAAGAAGCAGAGAGUCGGAACCAAGAACUGAGUCAAAGUGUUACAUCUGCUACACGGCCACUUCUCCGGCAGAUAGAAAAUUUGCAAGCCACACUGGGAGCACAGACCUCCUCAUGGGAAAAAUUGGAAAAGAACCUUUCUGACAGACUUGGUGAAUCUCAAGCCCUUCUGGCAGCAGCUUCUGAGAGAGAACGGGCUGCUACAGAAGAACUUCUUUCUAAUAAAGUUCAGAUGUCUUCUACUGAAUCUCAGAAUAGUCUUUUAAGGCAAGAGAAUGCUCGUCUUCAGGCUCAACUAGAAGCAGAGAGAACCAAACUGAAGAAAAUGGAAAAUGAAAACAGUAGAUACGAGGUUGAACUAGAAGGUCUCAAAGAUGAGUAUGCAAAAACCCUUGAAGAUGCAAAGAAAGAAAAGAUGCUGUUAGCUACUCAGUUAGAAAUGGAGAAAAUGAAAGUUGAACAGGAAAGAAAGAAGGCAAUUUUUGUGCAAGAAGCAGCAAAGGAGAAGGAUCGGAAGUCAUUUACAGUUGAAACUGUUUCAAGUACUCCAAGUAUAUCACGCUCUAGUUCCAUAAGCGGAGUUGACAUGGCAGGUCUUCAGACAUCUUUCCUCUCUCAGGAUGAUGCUCAUGAUCACUCGUUUGGACCAAUAUCUACUAGUGGGAGCAAUCUUUAUGAUGCUAUAAGGAUGGGAGCAGGUUCAAGUAUAAUUGAAAACCUUCAAUCACAGUUAAAGCUAAGAGAAGGAGAGAUUUCACAUCUACAGCUGGAAAUUGGAAACCUUGAAAAAACGCGAUCAAUAAUGGCAGAAGAACUUGUUAAGUUAACAAAUCAAAAUGAUGAACUUGAAGAGAAAGUGAAGGAAAUACCAAAAUUACGUGCACAAUUAAAGGAUUUGGAUCAAAGAUACAAUACAAUUCUUCAGAUGUAUGGAGAGAAAGCAGAGGAGGCUGAAGAACUCCGACUAGAUCUUGAAGAUGUGAAAAACAUGUACAAGACUCAGAUAGAUGAACUUUUAAAACAAAGACAAAAUUAACUCCUGCUGGAACUCUCACAUUAUUAUAUGAUAAAUUGUAAAGAUAGUUGUUUAUGUAAAUGCUGAAUUUAAAUAUCUUGUAAAGAUAAUAAUUGUAUUAUAGAAAAUGUGACUAUAUUAUAGAGUUCAUAUGUUGACAAAAAUCAAUGCUUUAACAGUGUCUUGUACUGUCUGCAGUUAAAUUAUUUGUGCAAUAUUUAAAAUGUUUUUUUUAAAUCAUCCCUUUAUUUAAGUUUUUACUAAACAGUGGACCAUUUUUCUUGUAAACAGUAGCACGGAUGUUUGAAUGUUACUUCAUGAGAUGGCACUGGAAGGCAUGAGUUUUACAAAGCAGCCCUUGAUUCAUAAACUCUUUAUUCAUGAAAACGACACUAGAAGUCUUUUUUUAAAUGUUCUGAAUAUGGGUUUUUCUAAAAUCUCAUCAAAUAGUUUUCAAUAACAGAAAAUAGCAGUAGCUUUCUAUCUGAAGCCUAGUUAGUAGAUAUUUUUAUGAAGAGAAAAUCUCAGAUUUGUACUUUCAAGUUCUGAACAUGUUAGGAUGAUAAUUCUCUAUUCUUACACAAACUUGGAUUAGUAUAAUGACUGUUUUACACCAAGUCCUCCAAAGCAGUGUGUGAGACUCGGAGCUGAAACUUUAUAGUUACUGCUUCAUCUUGUAUACAGCUCAUGCUGUGUCUCAUGAGUUGUCUAGAAACAGCAGGUCUGCUUUUAACUCUAAAUGCGUUUAACUUAUAACACCAGAAAUCUGAACUAUUCAGUGUUUGUUCUAGGAUUGGAUGCUGAUUUUUAACAGUAGCUAAAAUAGUAGUUGAAAAGAAUGCAGAAAAACACAUUUUUUUUAAAUUAAAUAAUUCCUGCUGCUCUCAUGUAAUCAUUUCUUGUAUAUAAAGAACAAGAUUUAGACUUCUGGAAAAACUGUACUGUGACUUAAUAUAGUUCUCAAGCUGGUCUCCAGUGGCUGCUAAGUAUUUCUCAUGCCAUUCCGAAAGUAAGGUAUUGGUCAAAUAGCAUCCACAUAGCUUGACAUUUAGCUACAUUUUGGGUCAUGUCAGAGGAAACUUUUGAAUUGGACCCUUGGGAAUGCUGAGAAUCGGAGGAAGCAGCUUGCUUCUUCCUCUCAGCAUUCCAGACAGCAAAUAUUUCACUACAUCACAGGAUUUUACCAGUGGUAGACAUUCGUGUGAAAUACUCUGCAGUUGAAAUUCUUUGCUUAUCAUACCGUUGUCUCUGCUGAGAGAGGUUUCUUUUGCAUCUGUGUGCAUUGUAGUUUGUGUUAGAGAACUCUGUUCCUGCCUGUGCGUUCAGUGGACUGAAAGAGACGACGAAUGUGAAUGCUGAGAAACUGCUUCUGGAGAAAAGCUUAAGUAAUACAAUGUUUCUGCAUAUGUGAGGGAUUUAUUUCUGCUUGCGAGAAUGGAUAGUGUCUGGAGUUUCAUAGGCAAGGGUACGUCUGUGGAAAAGCCUAGUUAGUUCAGUUUGAGAUUCAGACAUAUUUUGAGUAUUUCAGUAAAGCAAUAGAGUAAGAACACUAAAAAUAGUCUUAAUUUCCAGGCUGUAAUAGAAAUUUUAACUGCUUUAAUAAAAUAGAGGCUUUUUUUUUUUUCCUGGGGAGGUGGGAAAGAAUCUUAUCAUCUUAAUUUCAUUUUGGAAACCAGGGUGAAACCAUUUUUUUUCCUUCUCAAAGACUAAAAAUUAACACUUUACUUUCAUUUUGAAGUUUGCUUGGUUGCCUGAAGUUUAAAACACACCCACGCACUCACAGUAAAGUAAGUUCCACUUGUUGGAACAUAUUGAUUUGCUCUGUAUUAAAUCAGUCAAAAUUACCACAUGCAGCUGUUAGAAAUUCAGUCAUUUUUAAUAAAUGAACUUUUUAGGAAGGUUAAAUUUUAGGGUGCCAAUUAGGAAUUUAAUCCAGCAGUUUUCUAUUGCAGUGAAUCAAUAAAUUGCUGUUCUUCACCAUUUUUUUUUGUUUUGUGUUUGGGAAUUUUUUGUUGUUUCAUGUUUUUGUUUUUGUUGUUGUUUUGUUGAGAGAAAAAUGGAAGACUUUUCCCAAAAAAAUUAAGGAUUUAACUUUUAUUUAAAUGUAUUGCUGCCAAUGGUUUCUGAAGGUAAUGUUUCAUGUGUAAAGUGUGAGUAGAUACUUUUUUAGGACUGAUACAGGUGCAGUUUUGGAUUUCUGCGAAUACUUAGACUAUCUUUGGUUUUCAGGAAGAGGUUAGGUAAAUUAGAAACUUUAACAUGCAGUCAGCAUUAACUGUUUUAUAUCUAAAAGCACUUGCCAGAUAUAUUAGAUUUUUAAAUUCUAAAGAAGUAGAUGUAAAUAUAUAAAUUGACUUGACUAUUUUUGGAUUCUUUAUUCCGUUUCAGUGCAGCCUUUUUACUAGCGCAUCAGAAUCAAGUGGCUUACUGCAUCUUAAUCAUCAAAGCCUUAGAAAACAAAGUAGCUGUUGGAAAGUAGCCUUGACUUCUAAGUAUUCUCCAUUUUGAUUAUCUUUGAUUAUAAUUCUGGUAUGCUUGUUUUGAAGAAACAUUAACAUGUGCCAGGACACCUUAAGUUCUUUGCUAUUACUGAAAUUGCCCAGAAAAGUAACAUGUGCAAAAGGAAAGGAUUUAAGUCAGAAAAGUGAUGCCCACUUCCAUUUAGAUUUAUUAUUUUAAAAUACUCCUUGUUCAAGCAACUAAUUUAUACCUCAUUUUCACUGCAUAUGCAAAUAGGAAGAAAUUAAAUUUAAAGGCUAACUUAAAGUAUGCUGCUCAAAUGGGGCUUAUUCCCUAGUCUAGGGAAGAUAGUGGAAAGGCUGCCCCUAUUAAUGUUGAUGGGUUUUGGAUGAGGUUGCGUGCUCACUUCUUUGGGCAUUAAGUUGCCUCCUUUAUGAGCAAAGGGGCAAAUGUUCAAAAUCCUGUAUAUCUGCACAUGAAAGUUUCUAGUAAUCUUUUUGUCCUGUUAGGCAGGUUUGUUACAAUUUGUGUAAGUAUGUUUUGCUAAGGGCUCUAAUGAUCUUGAAUGUGAAACAAAACGGAUUGUUGCACGGUGAAGACGGAACCCUGGGUUUCUAGUUGUAAAAUGUGUAUAAACUGUAUAAAACAUGGGUCAGGGUGAAAUAAAAUUUUAUGCUAAGA